AAAUAUGCGGCUGCCUAACAGCUAGGCCAACCUUGCAGUAGUAGCCUCACUAUAUUAGCCUCACUAUAAUUUGGUUAUAUAAUAAGCCUAUGCACGUCUUCACAUUUCUCACGCAUAAUAUAGAAGCAAAAUAAAAGAAUAGAAAAGAGAGAGAGAAUUAAAAAGGUAAUGAUGGAUAGCAAGAAAGGGUGUGUGUGUGUGACUGGUGGAACAGGUUUUAUUGGCUCAUGGAUUGUGAAAAUGCUUCUUGAAGAUGGCUAUCAUGUCAACACAACUUCAAGAAUUAAUCCAGAGUGCAAAAGGAACAUCAGCUUCCUAACGAGCCUCCCGGGCGCAUCUGAGAGGCUACAGAUCUUCAAUGCGGACCUCGACAGGCCUGAGACAUUCAGGCCUGCCAUUGAGGGGUGCAUUGGGCUUUUCCACGUGGCCCAUCCUCUGGAUUUCGAGGAGACAGAGCCCGAGGAUGUGAAGGUCAAACGGGUCACGACGGGCCUGCAGGGCAUCCUGCAGGCUUGCGCAGAUGCCAAAACCAUUAGGCGCGUGGUGUACACCUCGAGCAUCGCGGCCGCAUAUUUGGGAGCUAAGACAGGCCCAUCGGGCCUGAUCGACGAAAGUUCGUGGACUGAUGUGGAGUUCGUAAGGAGGCAGAGACCUUUCGGGGGCCCAUACUUUGUCGCCAAGACGCUGGCCGAGAAAGCGGCCAUUAAUUGCGCUGACGAGCUCGGGCUGGAUCUCGUGUGUGUCUUGCCCACUAUGGUCACGGGCUCAUUUAUCUGCAAGCACAUACCCUUCUCGGUUUAUGCGUCCAUGGCCCUGAUUUUCGCGGACAAGUUACAUUACAAGGAUGGCACGAGUUUGGUUCACGUUGACGAUGUUGCUAGAGCUCAUAUACAUCUGUUUGAGUACCCAAAUGCAAAAGGGCGAUACAUUUGCGUGGCUGUUGAGUUGACUAUAGAAAAACUAUGUGAAUUAAUUUCUGCUAGGUACCCUGAAUACAAGAUGCCAAAUUCAGAAUCUUGGAAGGAUAUAAAACCCCUUAAAAUUCCAGCCGCAUCCACGAAGAAACUAGAGGACACCGGGUUCAAGUAUGAAAACGGGCUAGCUGAAAUGUUCGACGAUGCAAUAAAAAGCUGCAAGGAGAAGGGCUUCCUCUAGAUUUCUGAUUCAUCAAUUCAAUGUUAUUAUUAUUUGCUUAUUAUGUGUGAUGUAUUGUUAUUAUGUGUUUCGCACUAGUUGUUUUUCCCGCCUUUUGUAUUAUUGUCGUGUUAAGUAGGCUUGUUGCUUAUACUAGUCCAUAUCACGUGCGAUGCACGAGAAAAUAAUAUUAAAGUUAUUUUUUAAAUUUAAAUGUUGUACUAAAUGUGUUUUAAAAUUGAAUAUUGAACUAAACGAUCAUAUUAAGUUAUUUUU